CUGUCCCUCACAGGAGCGCGGCCUGCAGUACCCUUCGCCUCCCCCUGUAACUCCCGAUCGGCUCCCCGGCAGGAACAGCACAUUUCUGCCUUGCCCACACUCGGCUCUCUCCCGGCUGUGGCACAACGCGGAGGGCGCCUGCGCUACCCUCCCGUUCCAGGAGGCCGGGCCGCGCCUGCGCUGGCGGCGGAGCCGGAGCCAUGUUCGGCCGCGGAGCCGCCGCUCGCCUCAGCCAUGUCCGGCGGGCAGCGGCGCCCGGGCGGCGGGGAUCCGGCCGGGCUGCGCAGUUCUGUGCAACAUCCACACUGCUGGCACCAAGAACAGGAAUGUAGAAGCUGGAAUGAUUCAGAUUCUUUGGUGUUUGAGGAAUAUCAAUGUGAGCAUUCAGACCAAUGGCUGGAGAGCUCUACAGCACCAGAACAUUCUAGGUCUCUUUCUAGCUGCCCCAGCUGGGAAGGUAGAAUUGAAGAAGGCAAAACAAUGAGGACAUCAAAUAAAAAAAUGACAAACGAUUCUCCUAAUCCAGCUGAAAGGGAAACAGAUGAAGUGGUUCUGAGGAGAAGACAAAAACAGAUCAAUUUUGGAAAGAAUACCCUUGCAUAUGAUAGAUACAUUAAAGAAGUUCCAAAGAAUCAGCGAAUACCAGGAGUUCAUCCUAGAACUCCCAACAAAUUUAAGAAGUACAGCCGUAGAUCCUGGGACCAGCAGAUCAGGCUGUGGAAGAUAGCACUGCAUGCCUGGGAUCCUCCUGCUGAAGAGACCUGGGAUCUGCAGCCAGUUAGUACAGAACCCUCAGGCAGUUCCCAGGAAUGGUUCUACAAAGAUCAGGAUGUUUCUGCCUCCUUUGUGUUUGACGAAAAGCAGAAGAGAAAUGAAUGUGAAGACGAAUUCAGGCAGACUGACUACACACCUGAGAGUCCCUGUUCAUCCGAUUCUUCUCCAGUAUGGAAACGCAGAAAAAGAAAUAAUUCUGAGUCCUCUGUGGUUUCAGAGAGCAAAGCCCCUUAUGUGCAGAUGUACCACACACUGGAAAGCUUUACUGACUCAGGACAUCAGGAGGCUUUUUCAAAAUGCGCAGAGUGGGAAGCCUUUGAUGAAGAUGAUGAAGUAAUGACAGUACAGCAAGGUAUAGAAAUAACAAGUGACCCAAUUCCAGCGGGUUGUUCUUCAGGGUUGAACAAUCCGAAACAGAAAAAAUCCAACUUCUUUCUGCCUGACAGCAAAACUUGCAGAGACACAGACUGCAGGCUGGAGAGGCUUAAACUUUGUAGCAGUUUCUUGGAAGGACAUCGGUCAGAAUACCCUGAAGGAGGAUGGGGAAGUGCAAAUGCUGAAGAUACAAUAAUGAGGAAAAAAAUUUAAAUACCAAGUCUCUCUUUGUAUAUAGAAGUAUUGAAGAAGGAAUUUCUCCUGUGACAGAAAAAGACUUGAAGAAUAGGGAUGUAGUCUGAGAUCAGCUGAUCAAGUCUUGGAAAACUGGUGCUGUCAUGUAGGAUCUGCACUGCAAGAGGAAGAGAUUUACAGUCAGCAAACGUGCAAUCAACACAAGGUGAAAUUAUUCAGGUUUCUCCAGAUCUUUAUAAGGAUAGAUUGUUUUCUACAAGCUGUGCCUCAAGUGUAAAACUUCAGAUUUCAUGAAGCCUGUGCUACAGUGACAAUGGAUGUUCCUUAAAGCUUUUGUGAGAAAGUUUCUGCUGUCCCUGCAUUCGCAGGUGACAUGUGCAUCACAUUGCAAAGGCUACUUCAGGUGAUGGAUCCUGCCAUUCCAUAUGGAGAUCUUGCUCCUAAAUGCUACGCCAGGGAAUUGGUUCAGUAUUCAGUCAAACUGAGGAAUGUCAGCCCUAAAACCAAGGAGUCCCUUUGCUUUACUGGACCAGAAUUGUACAUCCAGCCUGAAGAACUGCUUCAGAAGAAUGUAGAUAAUUUCAACCUUUCUCCAGUUGUUAAAGACAAGCUGUUCAGAACUUUUGGAGUGGGUGGUCAUCCAUUUGGCCUGUUUAUUGUUCUCUGAGAUGUAUUAAGAUAGCAUUUGCCUAAGCCAAGUGAGAGAAGAGAAAGGAAAAGGUGAUAGUUUAUCAGAAUCAGAUCCUUUUCUUGAAGGGGCUGAGCGACUGCUAGAACAGUAGCACAGCUUAAAUACCCAGAUUUUGCUUUUACGUGUUUUGCAGCCUGACCCAAAGAGCCAGUCUCCUGUUAAAGAGUGUAAGAGGAUGAUUUCAGUGCCUGCUGUUCCUACAGGAACUGGGGGUGAGAAGCAGUAUUUGCAGAUGUGGAGCUGCUCUUGUCCAGUCUGAGGGAUAUGAUGGUGCUGGGAUAGGUUCUCCUUUGUUUUACUCUUCCAGCAGUGUGCUCAGAAGAUUGAAGUGAGAGCUGUGGCUACAGUGGUUUAUACAAAAUUCAUGUGCCAGUUACAGGAACUUUAUAGUCCUUGUGGCAUUUUGUGUAGCAUGUCCUGGGAUACCAAUGUCUGCUAGAGCUGGGAGUUGUCUCUCUGCAGGAGUUUGGUUUGGCUUUUUUGCCACAGUCUUGCCGUGGGGCUGGCAGUACCCAAGGGCUAAAAUCCCACUGUGCUGCUGAUUUGAAAGUAAGCUCCUUCCCCAGAAACUACUCCCAGUUCCAAAACGUUAUUUCCAGGUGUGCUCAGGCAUUUAUCCCAGCACAAGGGUGGCUCAGUCACACACCACGGAGCACAGAGUGUGUGUAUGCAAGGGACACAUCUGUACAGCACUUUUUUUAAGAAGUAAUAUUUAGAACCUUGUUGUUCCAAUGUGCAUGCUUCCAUGUGACUUAUGAUGAUUGUAAAUAAGGGAAUGUGUUACUUUUUUGGCUUUUUGCCUUUAUGCAGAAGAAUUAAAGACUUUAAAAAU